UUUUCUCUGUUCUCUCAUCAUAUCAUCUUUCCCCACCCCACAAAGCAAAAGCAGCGAAAAAGAAGAAGAAGAGCAAAACAACUACGAUGAGUGAAGCUCCUCCUCAACAAGGUUAUCCACCAAAGGACGCUUAUCCACCUCCUGGACAACCCUAUCCUCAGCAAGGAUAUCCUCCACAGGGAUAUCCUCCUCAGCAAGGCUACCCUCCUCCGUACGCACCUCAAUACCCACCGCCUCAGCAACAACAGCAGCAGAACAGCAGUCCUGGUAUGCUUGAAGGAUGCCUUGCUGCUCUGUGUUGUUGCUGUGUCUUGGACGCUUGCUUCUGAUCUGACUAGUGGAGUCUCUCUCCUUGAAGCUGCGAUAUUUGGGUUUACUGAUCAUUGAUCAUCAUCAUCUCUUUCCGUUUCUUUCUUUUAUGCUAAACCAUUCUCAUAGACUUUCUUCUGCUUUAUUCAGUUUCUCUUAUUAGAUUAUUUGGAUUUUGCUAAUGGUCAUUAUAUGUAAAUGAUUGGGAGACCCAAUUUAUUGUUACAAUGUAUUGGCCUUAUUAUAUACACCUCUGCUUCUUCUUCGUAGCUUCA